AUGGCACGCUUUUUGAGUUUCCUGGCCCUGUUUGCCAGUUUCUUUGUCAUGGUUUGUCUUCAAAUUCGGUUGAUGCAUUCGAACAUUGAUUAUUUUGCAGUCCGAGGCUUCUGGCCACUUUCAAGUCGUGAUCAAUUCCCCGGAGACGAUUUUGAUUUCGCACACGAUUUGCGCCAAUAUGCGUUGCAACAAAAUGGACAACACGGCGAGGCGAAUCAAAGUGAAGGCCGGCGUCCCGUUCAACCUCCAGGAUGGCAGAUUUGCCGGAGAUGCUCCGGUUUGUAUUGAAAUACGCCCUAAAUUGUAUCGAAAUCGGUGUUUCAGAGCCACUUCGACCUGAACCUCGUCGCCUACAACCUCCAAGGAGGUUUGCAAAUUGAGAUAUAGAUCUUAAUAAUGUUGGAUUUUGCCUCAGGCAUCGUUCGAGAUAAGAUUUGACCCUUGAUCGUUUUUUGGAGUGUUUUUUAGAUAAUCAGGUCCGGAAAAAAGCUCUCAGAAACUACAUUAUUUUUUGUACCUCUAAUGUUAUUUUCGGAAAGAUCAGAAACGCUUUUUUUUGUAUUUUGGCAGUUUCUUGGAAGGGUUUAAUACAAAAACGUGCCUAUUUUUAAAAUGUGAGGGUUUUGUACUUCCAAAAAUCUUCAGAUCUAUGGGCUUUUCGGGAUUUGGUCAAAGUUUGAGAAGAGAUUUAAAAGGAUCAGAGUUUUGUAUUGAAGGAUUUUUUUCUGUUUUUCUGUCUGAAGUUUAAAAAUUAGCAGGAGUGAGAAAAAGUUUUUUUAUUACGAUUUUUAGAGUUGAGUCAUUUUCACUCAUUCCGGAAUCAUUUUUAAUUUUCUUUUCUUUUUUUUUUGAGUUAACGUGCUGGAACAUCACUAAAUUUUAGUUGAUGGUCAAAUUUCAAACUACCUGUCCUAAAAUGUCAGGAAAUAGAUGGAUUUUGGGGUUUUUUUUUCUGGGUCUCGCUUUAAUUUCAGUCAUUUUUUGUUGUAUAAUGACCUUUCUGACAGUAACGUGUUCUCAAAACGGUUUCUCAAUAUUUUUGAUCUGAAUUUCGCUUAGAAAACUUUCGAUUUGACCUCGUCAGCUUGGAAAGAAAAAUAUACGAACUGGGGACUUUUCAAGUCUGACUUUUAGUUAAUUUCAAAAGAUUUGAGUUUUUUUAAUAAUUCCCAUAAGUGUAUUGAUAUCAACGGUUUUCAAUAGAAAUGAUCCAAAACCGACUCGAAAAACCACCUAUUUUACCUCACUAGCCCUAAAAAGUCGGGAAGAAAAGGUAUACGACACGACGAGACAACCUCAUUUUUUACAACUGUUGUGGACAGGUAGGCCAUCCCCACCUGUCCACCGUUUUUCCUUGACUCGGCGAGUCGACUGUUGGCAUGCGCGCGGCCGUAAAUCCACACAACAAACAAUUAUUGAGGCAAGGAUUGCCCAAAUUGGAUAUUCUUUUUCGACAAACCAACCGUUUGAAGGCGCUUUUCGCUGCUUUGGCAAGAACAUUUUGAUAGAAAACUUUGAAAAAGUUAAUUUUUAGUUUUCACAAGGGUUCGUAAAUCUUGAAAAAUAAUUGAACUUUUUUUGGUCUUGAUACCGUUAAUAAUAAUAGUUUAUUCACUGCCAUUAACUGUUGGGAGGUGAUUUCGCUUUUUUUGAUAGGGUCUCGAUUCGAAAAGCAUGCGAGGGUGUUUUCUUUCUCGUUUUAAUUAAGCUCAAUCCUUGUUUUUCGAAGUUCAAAACUAAGUAUCUUUGCAUUCUCAGAAUGGAUCUUUUGUCUUGAAAAAAAAAUGUUCAUUUUCAAGAACUAUGUGGGGGAGUGUUUGUUACUCGUCUUUUUCUUUUUUUCCUUUUUUUAUUUCGCUCACAGACAGAUCUGUGGCGUGGAGGAAGAGAACCAUGAAAGUUAUAUUUGCCUCCACUUCGAUAAAGUUCCACUUUAAUCUAAAAAAAUAUUUUUAGGUCGAAAUCGAAGAGAAUCAAAAAAAGAAAAAGUAAUCUAUAAACGAGUUGAAUCAUUUUUGUGAAAUUUGCAGCUUCCUUAUCAAAAACCAAUUUUUUUCAAACAACUUUUAAAUCUUCUUUGGUCAUCCUCAAAAAACCAUAACUCUGUUUAAGCCGUUCCAGUAUUUAUACACGCGUUGCGUAAUAAAGUUAUAGUGAACAUGAUGGAUUGGUGGUGGUUCGAGUUUAAGGCCGUUGCCUCUCAGUUGGUUUCGUCUAUUUGAUAUCGUUUGUAAUUUGAAUGGAGAUGGACACCAAUAAUAGCCAUAUAUGAACUGAUGUGUAAUUAUGAUAUCUUUUCGCAGACGCCUUGUCCAUAGAGUGUCUAGAGAAAGGGAUUUUAGUCUUACAGCAUAGGUUUCUUUUGGGAGAAGCCGUUUGGUGAAUUUUCUUUGAACCGAUUCUAGCCUGUUUGAACCGAUUCUAGCCUGUUUUUCAUAAUAUUUGACAAAAAAAAAGGCAAGGGUGGGUUUUUCAUGAUUUUUAUGGGCUUUUUUUUUAGAACUUUCAGAAAUGCAAGACCAAAUUCACUUGGUUCAGAAAUUCAGAUUGAUUGCUAUUUUUGUCCUUUUUUUCCGAAAAUCAUGCAAAAUCUCCAAAUUCGAAACUCAUCCAAAAACCACCAUUUUCCCAUGAUUUACGCCACAUUGCAUGUUUAUCACACUUUUACAACUUCCUUCCUGUUCCGUACGAAUUUAUUGGUCAAAAUCCCCUGCCCUGGGCUCCUAAGCUGCCAAGUUCGCGCGUAUCGUAAAUCAGUGACAAAAAAGGUCAUGACAAGGGACUUGUCAAACAGUAGACGAUAAUAAAUCGAGUGAUUAUCAGUAGGGCACAGGAGCGUGGCACUUGCAUUGUUGGGUAAAUAUAAGGAACGUGCCAGGUUUUGGUGGUUUUUUGAGGGUUUUUGGAGAAGUUAUGUUGAAUUAAAGUUUCAAAAUGGGGAUUAUAGGUUUAGAAACUCUAGAUAAUUUUUAAUAUAGGUUCGGGAUUUGUGAAAGCUCGAAAGAAUCGAUUUGGAGCCACAGAAAAGUUUAUAUAUAAGUUUCAUCCAUUUAGAAUUUCUAUUUUGAAGUCAAAGACUCAAUUUUUGGGCCCAAUCCUAUUCUUUUCCAUCUCUUCAACCUGAAAAUCUAACUAAGAAUGGCUUUUAAAGCCUUAGACCAAUAAAUUAUUUUUUUCAACUUUUUUUUCAAAUGAGAAGUGCAGUGAUGGAAAACAAGCCUCUGAAUAAUGAUUUCAGAAACAAUUUUUUCCAGAAAUGCUUGCCGACUCGUGGGAGCAGCGGAACACUUCGACAGCCUGGAAGAAAGAGUCCCUCAGCACUGGAACCUUCGAAAUCCUCUACCGCUACAGGAGCGUCUGCGAUGAGUGAGGAAACACUUGGGAAACUCUGAAUCAUUUCAUCGAUUUUUCCAGCAAGUACUACGGCCAACUGUGCAAUCGGUACUGCGAGGAGCGGCCCGAUCAACACACGGAAUGCACGGAGAACGGCGAAAGCCGCUGCGUCGUCGGCUGGACCGGCAAGGACUGCAUGACUCGUGAGUUUGGUCGCGUUUGGAAUGGAUCGAGUAGACGGAUAGAAAAAAAAUCGGGUUCUUUUUUCUUUGCUUCAAGUUGUAAUGCUACUAGUUCAUUAAAAAUCUGUAGGUUACGAUUUCCAAGAUCUAAGAACUUUUCAGAGCUUUCCAUACUCAAAAUAUUGACCCAAUCUCGAUAAUCCAUCACUAAACAGUAGCUUAUCUCAACACCAAAUCUGACUCGGCUCCUGUCGGCCCGGCUUUUUUUCGCCGCGCCGUUGUUCUUCUUCCGACGUGAUUGACACGACAUUGUUCCAACUACCAACCACUACCAUCAUCAUCACAACGGCGCCUCCCUUAAUUUUUCUCCCUUUCCUUUCCGCCUCGGCAGUUUGCUCGUUUUUCUUCCCAACACAGGUCUUCUUCAGUCUCCUGGGCUAAUUGGUUGCUGUUCGUUUCGGAGCGGCGGAUUUUUCAGAUUCUUUGGUUUUAGGCGGCAAAGUUUCAAAGGAGAGAUUUUUAGAGAGAAUGUAGAGUCGUCUAAGUGAGAAUGUGGUCCGUUAAGAGCGCUAAGAUUUGAAAAAGUGAUUCGCAAGUGAGAGACCGUUGGAGCUGAAGAGACGCAGAUCUCUCUAAUUCUCUAGCGCCUCCGCAGAUUUAAAGUUCUUUAAUGAAACUUUCAGUUAUAGCACUUUUUUCUUUCAUUAAUGAUUUCGAGAAAAUUGAAAGCUCAAGUUUAAAUUCCACAAAAUCUUUGAUUUUAAUAAUCUUUUAAGAUAUUCAACAGUUUUUUCCAAUUAGGCACGGACCAAAGCUAAAAGCUCAACGAAAAAAAAAAUAGUGAAGUACCAUUUUUAUGCCUUUUUAAAACGUUGUUCCAGGUGAAAUCAUAACUGUUUAACUAUGGUGCUUAACCCACUUUUUUCAUUCGAAAAACCAAUUUUCUUUCCGUUUUUGAAUCACCCCGAUGGAUAUCUUACGGCGAUCCAAUUUUUGUCACUUUUAAUUGAGUCCGUCUCAAAAUGGGCGUUCUACGAUAGAUAAACACGAAAAAAAGGGCAAACACAUUUAUCCGAAAAAAAAGCGACACACGAAUUGAAUCGAAUCGAAAUGAAAAUUUUCCGUAGUGACCUUGUUCUGUGUUUUUUCUUCCUAGGGAUGUUGUUAGAGUCGUUGAGGAAAUGAGGAGGUUCCUUUGCAUUGCCAGGUGUUCUUUUUCUCCUUCUUCUUUCUUUUUUGGGCGAUAUAUAGACGAGUCACACCUGUCCCUGUGGAGUUUGAACUGUUGAUUAAAGUUGAAAAAAUGGAGAUUUACCCUGAAUUCAAGACCUCCAAAGCUUGACCUCACAUAAAAGUUGAACAAUUUCUGUCCGAUUUUCGUAAAAAAAAAAUCACAGAAUUCGCAAGAAAAUCCAUAUUUUCAGCCGUUUGCGAGAACAAGUGUAACGGACACGGGAAAUGCGUCGCCCCAGGCCGUUGCCACUGCCAAAAUGGCUACACUGGCAACAGUUGUGAAACGGUGAGUUCAAGGGGAUUACUGUAGUUGGAGUACAACAGUUCCGAUUUUUCAGUGCCAACCCAAACGCGGAUGUCUCCAUGGCGGCUGCGCCAACAACGUCUCGCUGACGUGCGCCUGCAAGCCGGGUUACGGUGGCGAACUCUGUAAUCUCGGUGAGUUUGUGUGGGAAAAUAAGAGGGUUUUGAGAAAAUUAAAGUCGUAGAAAGUUUAGCAGUGAAAAUAUCAAGCAUCCUCGAAAAAAUGAGGUCAUUAGAAAGAAAGAAGAAAUUUGUGCACUUGAGAUUUUUUCGGGGACGUCAUAACCAGGCUUCCAGAAAAAUAAUUUAAUUUUCAAGCAAUGGCGUCAUUUUUCAAGCUGCAACUUCACGGAUCACUUUCACUGUAGACAAGGUCCAUUUUGCAGACCUGGAGUACUGUACCCGGAAGCAACCGUGCUCCAACGGCGGCACGUGCUUCAACGACGCCUCGGCGGCCGGAUACAAGUGCCAGUGCCCUGAGGGAUUCGUCGGCGCCCGUUGCGAGAUCCCCAUCGAGAAGGUCCUCUGCAGAAAUGACGCCGAUAUUUGCUGGAACGGUAGGUUUUGCAAGUGUUGGAUGACGUCAUCUCGAGGGAAAAAUGACGUCAGAAUUUGAAUAGGGUAGACUUUGAGUAUGGUUUUCAAAGUGUAGUUCAAGGAGAUUUUUAAGGAACUCCUGGUUUUUUUUUUUGCGGGGAAUGACAGUCCGAUGAAAAGGUUUUUGAUAUUCAAAAAAAUGGAUUUGUCCAGAUAUUAGGCCUAAAAAUAGUUUCUGAAUGAUUUUGAGUAGAUUAAAACUACAAAGAAGUUGAGUUUGUUAUCUUAAACUGAUAGAAACACUGAAAAUCCUGAAUUUUCUCAAAGUUUGGUGACCUUUGAGCAAUUUCGAGCAGGAUAACAGGAAAAAUUUUCCCUUUUCGGUCCAAAAAAUGACCUGAAACUCUUAGAACCUCUCUCCCAAGUUUUACGAACCCCUCUCAUCUUCUCACACCUCUCAUUGUCUCACUGCCUCUCUCUCAAGUGGCCACGGAGCCUCUCCUCAAAAACGCCAUUGUGAUGGUAAUCAGCUCUCGAAUAUAUACAAAUAUGCUGCACCCACUACCACCAACAAAUCUUCUCAAUCUUAGAGGAAAUUGGGGAGGCCUUCAGGAAAAUUGAGAAGUUCUGUCGAACGCACACAAAGUUUGUAUGAUGGUAAUGUGAAAAAGAUCAUGAGGUUUAGAAAUUCUCGUUUUUUGGUUGAGAAUCUCGAUAUUUUUCUAAGUAUGUAAAGAACUUUGUGUAUUGUUAAAGAAACUGUAAGACUCAAAAAUUCGAAUUUCCAAAAUUCUUAAAAAAAUAUUCUUUUUUGCUCACUUGAUAAGAAAGGAAACACAGGAUUUUGGCAAUUUCCGAUUUUUCAUUGAUUUACGGUCAGCCUUUACAGUCAAAUAUUCGACUUUUUACAGCCCUGUACAAAGCUUGUAUGGUGAUGAUGUACAUGGGACACUAAAUUGAAGAAAAAGUCUCAUUUUCAAACCAAAACUCUACUAAAGCCUCAAUUUUCAGGUGGAGUCUGCAUCUCCUUGUCCCCUCCAGAAGUUCAAUGCCACUGCCCGCCUGGGUUCUUCGGAAAACACUGCGAACUUUCGGACAGCGAUUCGCCGUGUGCCGCGCUCGAGUGCAGGUACUGUAGAUUAUCAUUGGAGCGAAAUUGGUUGGAAAAAAUAGCCUUAUCAUCGACAAAAUACGGCGAAAAAAAAGCGUUAUCUGUGAACUUAUUGUGUAAUGUUAUCACGGUAGUUUUCCUUUCUCGGAGCGAAAUUUGUGAAAAAUAAAAGAGUCAGAGAAGUUAAAAUUGAAAAUCAAUCAAAGUUAUUUCAGAAACGGCGGCCUCUGCCACCUGAACAAGAAGAACGAGCCCUCGUGCCUGUGUCCCAAGUGCUUCCGAGGUCCCAACUGCGACAUUCCCAACUUUGAGUGCAUGAGGAACCUGACGAUGAUCGUCUCCUCGGCCCCGGAUCUCAUCAUUCUCCGAGAACAGCACAUCGUUGAGAAAACGACUCUACAUGAUCAUCUUUACCUCUUCAUUGGUGAGCUUUGAAAAUAUGAAGUUUGAAAAAAAAUCUCAAAAAUCUCCAAGCAAUGUUUAAAUAUUCGAGUUUCAAAAAAGAAGCCAGAGAUCAUUGGAAUUGUAGAGACUUGGAUUUUUUGUUUCUCUGGCCACUCUGCAAGCUCCACGAUCUCUAGCAAGUUUUUGAGCUUUUGCCAUUUCGGUAGCUCCAAACUUGAUCAAAAAGCGUCUCUGGGACUCGAACCAUUCACCUUUUAGAGCCCCUCUGUCUAAUGUUUGGUACCAUAAAAACUAUAUUCAAGUUCUUAUAUAAACUUAGAAAAAAACUUCGAUAAGACUCGAGCCUACGAUCAUUUGGAUUAUCAAAUCCAAGCUAUGCCCUUCAAAAAGUUGAAGAACCUUUUUCAGCUGCUUCAGUGAUGUCUGUAUUCGGUUUCCUCUGCAUUAUGAUGUGCUUCUACCGCAGGCUGCGGCGCACUAUCCUCAAAAACUCCAGGACCGGACAUUCGGAAGCGACUGUGGGCGAUUCGACGAGGCCGACUGUCUGGACCGCCGUCAGGACUGUCGAACAGCAUCAUAAGGUGAUUUUUGGGAAGAAUGAGGAGAAAGAGAGUAGCUUUUCUGACAGUAAAACUUGAUAAAAUCAAAAUUUUCAAAGUAAAAAAAAAACAGUUAUUUUGGCCUGAAAAUCUAUUUUUGGACAUUGUUUCGAAAUACCUAGGCUUUUUAAUCCAAGUCAAUUUUUUUAAAACUCAAACAGCUCCCCGAACACUUAUUGACUCAAUAUUUAUUUUCAAAACGAAAACAAAAAUUGCUCAAAUCAGGCGGAAUAAUUAAUUUUGUGGUCUUCCCUCCUCCUGUCGAAAAGGCGGAAACAGGGCGCCCCGCAGCGCGAAAUCUGUCUUUAUUCCGUGUCGCGUCGCCUUUUGAUGCCAAUCUUGCCGCCGCCGCCAAGAAAACCUCCGAAGAAGAAAAUGACAUGAUGCUCGGUCAGGGUGGCGCCAAAUGUUAUGUGGCUAUGUGAGAGGCUGUUGUUGCAGUCUUUUACAAGCAUUUCCGGAGAGUUUCCGGACAAAGUUUGAAUUUCGAGCCGUCAAACGGGGGAUAGAAAUAUUUAGAUUCGACUAGAAAGGAGAACUGAGGGAAUUGUUGUGGUUUUUAAUGUGAUUGAAAUCUUUUCGAGUUGAAAUCACAGAAAUGAUAGCACUGGUACAAAAAAAAACCAAAAAAUUGCCAUUUUCUGGGUCAUUUUUGUUUUCAAAAGUAUCAUAUAAGAUUCAAAAGAAAAUCGCUUAGUUUUGGUCACAAAAUUGCAGAAAAAAAAAAAUUUCUCACCCACUUUUCUCAUUUCUCAUCUACUGAAAUAGUAUUCGUUUUCAAAAUUUUUAGUUUUCUCGAAAGAUUCACGGAGAAAGUGAUCCUUUUCACAUAGAAACAUCAUUCCCCGAAACUGUCAACAUUCCCAGGCGUUCAGCGAGGCAAAAGAGAGUGAGAAAAGGAAAAAAAAGUGUCUGUUCCCAACGUUGUUUCAGUCGAAAACGGUUUGGGAAUUUUUCGGUUCGUAAAAUGACGAGUUGUAAAAAUCUUUCGAAGGGGAGCUAGUUGAUCAACAGAAUGAGCCGAACAAAAUUUUACUGAUAAAAAAAAAAACCCAGUUUUGUUAACUAGAAUUGGUCGAAGUUGAGGCAAUUUAGGCUUUUUUUAAAGGUUGGGGGGUUUUUUUUUCUGAGGUCUUACCCUGCUCAAAAUGUUCCCAAAGAGCUCUAUCACAUUUCAAAUUCAAAAAAAAAAAAUCAAAAAACCCCGAUCCAAUCAUAUUAUCAGAAAAAAUAUCAACUAUUUUCCUUUCAGACCUCCGAACUGGACCAGGAGAGCUGCAGCUCGACGGAAAGCUCCCCCCGACGUCUGCCAAGACUCCCGUCGCCAACUCUCACCUACUUCCCACCCCCACCCUACGCGACGUCUUCUGACGGCUGCUUCGCCACGUCUUCCUCUUCUGGACGACACUACAUGACGCUACCCACGACGACCACGUCGUCUUCUGCCGCCGCCGACGACGAAAAUGAUUACAUACCCAUCAAGCCUUGCAUCUAA